AUGUGUCCCUUGUAUAUGGAAAGUCUUGUCCAACUCACCUUAGGUGGACCAAUGCAUAUAUCCCAUAGAGGACUGCAACAUGCACGAGUACGAUAUUAUGAUGCCAAGAGGAAACGUCCUGGACUUCCGCAAUCCAUUGCUGCGCUAGUUAAAGAACUUAAAAAUCAUUCAGUCACUUUAAAACUGGUCAAUAUCGAUUUGUUUUCACAGCGCAUGCUUAUUGUUCAAGCUGGUACAUUUGGAGAGCAUCGAUUCAACGAAGUACAUACCUUGAACGAAGUGGGAGAUGCGAUUGAAACUACGGUGAUUAACCAUAAAUGGCUGGAAGUUGUACUUCCUGCGGGCACAGGAGCAACACUACAACUUACUAUGGAUCGUUAUGUGAACUCACCUUCCUACGACAUGCCUUGGUCAGAUCGCGAGAAGAACAUAUAUUUGCAAGGCAGAAAUCUUGUUUGA